AGUAAGGCCCGGCCCAUAUAAGGAACGCUAAACCCUCGCUGGUGCCUUUCUCUUCCACUGAAAUCCCAGCCACCGCGAUGAGCACCCUGAAGACCGUGGCGGCGACGAUCCGGCUCACUGUGCCAGCCGGAGGGGCCCGGCCUGCGCCUCCGGUCGGACCGGCCCUGGGUCAGUACCGGCUGAACCUAAUGGCGUUCUGCAAGGACUUUAACGCACGAACCCAAAAGUACAAAGCGGACACACCCAUGGCCGUUACGAUAACGGCGUUCAAGGACAACACCUUCGAGUUCACCGUGAAGUCGCCGUCCGUCUCGUGGUACCUCAAGAAAGCCGCCGGCGUCGACUCCGGCAGCAGCCGCCCCGGUCACGUGACUGCGUCGACUCUCUCCGUUCGGCACGUGUACGAGAUCGCGAAGGUGAAACAAUCGGAUCCUCAUUUACUGAACAUGCCUUUGGAUUCCAUUUCCAAAUCCAUCAUUGGAACCGCUAAUAGCAUGGGGAUCAAGGUUGUCAAGGAUCUCGAUUGAACUUUUUGGUAAUUGGAAGUGCAUGUUUAUAUGAUGCUUGGUUAUCUUGUUUUUUGUUCAAUUGGCCACUCAAAUAUGAACUAGGGUUUUGUUGUGUUUUCUCUGCGACAAUUUCAUUAUAUAUUACAUUUAGAGAAACGCUGGCGUUGUACUGUUAGAUAGUUAGUUAAUUAGUUAGUUAAUUAUAACUAACUAACAGUAUGGUACAUUUUGGCGUUGGGCAUGCGAGGUUGGGACUCUACUAUUUAGCAUUGGAGCUAAAUGCUGCAUUGUCACUGUGAAGAUCUCCUUUUCACCACAGUAAAGAAAAAUGAAAGUUUGAAACUUUUCAAGAAUGACAUGAUUUUCUAUUUUCUAUAUUUUUUCCCCCUUGUUCUCUCUCUGGUGAGAUAUGUGGGUGUGUGCCCCCACAUAUUGGUAUAACGGCAUCAAUUCAAAAUCAUCAUUGAUUGAAGAGUUUUACUUUUAGCUCUAAUUUGUGUUGAUAAAACUCGAAUUAUGCUUAAUUUUUCC